GACUUUCCCCUUCACUUUGCGCCCCUAACAAACCCAUAGACACUGGCCUUUUUGUUAUGAGUGUGUGUGGACGGCGAUGCUGCGUUGCCUUCGCAAAUUCAUCGUUGCUGGACGCGACAACUCCACGAUCGAAGUCUUCCAACGUGGGUGAACGAUGACUUGACCCUCGGAGGCGGUGUGACUCGGCUGACGUGGACCAAAACCGGCGACGCUUCGUGGACCGUGAGCGGUGUCGCGGCGUAAGGAUGUCCUGAUUCUAGUUUCCAGCGUUCCUUUCUUUUGCCUGGAUCACGCCGUGACCGUGCACAGGGUGCACCCCAGUGGCGGCAUGAGGAUGCGUCCCACCAAGAAGUUUCUGCUGGCCCUCGUGCUGUCUGGUGCCACACUGACGGCUCUCUCCUACUGGGCGCGCUGCAGCACGGCCAGUCCCCUGAGCGCGGUGGAUGUUGGGGCGCUGCUUGGACAGGCCGAAUCACGAGGCAACACCAACCUGGCUGCAAAGGGUCGUGCCCACGUGUCUCAGGACAUCCCGUGCAUCAUCAACGACGAGUACUCUGUCUCGUGCCGGCGGGAAGCCUCGGAGGUGUAUGUGCCCUUCAGCUUCCUGCGCAAGUACUUUGAGGUAUACGGCAAGCUGGCCUAUCGAGAGGGCAAGGAGGUGCUGGACUGGCAGCACAGCUACUCCAAGGUCAUGGUGCCCCAGGCCAGGUACCAGCACACGGGGCCCUUCCUCUGGUUCGAGAACUACAACGUGGCUGUCAGGGACCGCGUCAAGUGCAUCAGUGGCCUCGAAGGGGUGCCCAUCUCGACGCAGUGGGACCCCCGGGGCCACCUGUACCCGGUGCAGAUUGCCCAGUUCGGCCUAAGCCACUUCAGCAAGAACUUGAGCGAGCCUCGCCCCCUGGUGAUCGUGCUGGACGACGGCAUCCGGGCCCAGUACGGCUCCUGGGUGGCCUCCUCCAAGGGCAAGGCCGGCUACACCCGCUUCGUGGACGACACCGCCCAGAGCCACGUGGUGGAGUUCACUACCAGUGGCACAGCGGAAGACCAGGGAGUGGCCUUUGCCCUGAGGAAGGAGCUAUACAACCUCACCCUCUCGGUCGACCUCCGCGUCAUCUUCAACGGCAGCCUCAGCGUUGUCCUCACAGCAGGCGGCGGCGGCGGCAAGCCGUCACUUUACGGAGUUCACUACAUCAUGACGGACACACACCUGGCGGUAGACGACCGCGACAUCUACUACGGCAUUGGCACGAGCCGCUCUUGGAUGCAUCUCACGCGCGACCUCGGCGUCGACCUGGUCAAGGGCCUGAGCUUCGGCCAGCACCGGACCGCCGCCCGGCCCCGCAACCUCCGCGUACACAGCAUCGUCCUCCGCGGGCACGGGCUCCUCGACAACCUGACCCUCUCGUCGAGCGCCCACGAGGCCCACUUCUUCGACGCGGCAGACUGGUUCGUCCGCCGCCAGGACGACGCGGGUGGCUGGCCGAUCAAAGUAACUCGCCGCCUCUCCAACGGGAUGCUGGAACUUGAGCCCGGCUGGUAUUCAGCCAUGGCCCAGGGUCAGGCCAUGUCGGUGCUGACGCGGGCGUUUGCGGCGACGGGAAAGAGGGACUACCUGGACGCCGCGCUGCGUGCGGUCGGUCCGUUUCGGAUACGCUCAGAGAGCCGCGGCGUCAUGACGACCUUCCUCGGGAAAUUUGUGUGGUACGAGGAGUACCCGACGGUGCCCAGUUCCUUCGUGCUCAAUGGCUUCAUCUACUCGCUGUUUGGGCUCUACGACCUCAAGUCGACAUGCGGGGAGGGGUCUUCGGAGGAGCUGUGUAGGGACGCGGCAAAGCUCUUUGCGGACGGAAUGGUGUCGCUCAAGAGAAUGCUGCCACUGUUCGACACCGGGUCGGGCACGGUGUACGACCUGAGGCACUUUUCGCUGGGGGUGGCUCCCAACCUAGCUCGCUGGGACUACCACACCACGCACAUCAACCAGCUGCUUUACCUGGGGACGAUCGACGAUGAUCCCGUGUUUGGGGCAACGGCCGAGCGCUGGGUGCAGUACAUGAAGGGCAAGAGGGCCCCUCACAACUAGGAGGGGCGAGGGAGAAAACUGUAGGAGGACCAAGCUUCCUUGUGGCCGAGAUUGUGCGGGUGUCUGGUUUUCCCCUUCUCGUUUGCACACAAGGAAGGCAAACUGCAAAGUCGUUUCUUACGAAGGAACGUCGGUAAAGUUAAGACGAACGACGCUUCGGUAAAGGUGCCAAAGUAAACGUUUACGUUUUCUUCGUGCGGAAGGUCUGCAUUUAGCCAGUUUUUUGUAUUUGAAUGCUCGUGUCUCUCCGAAAUCUGAGGUGACUUUGUAGGCGAUCUUGCGAGCUCUUUGAGCACUAACGUCUGUGUCUUGACUGUAUAAUAUUCAACGUUGGUAGCGUUAUGAUUUAUAUUCCCAAAUUGCUCGACAACCUGUUGUCCCGCCGAGCUUUUCUAUCUUGGUACAAAGUAGGGAGCGACAGAAACUGCCCUCUUGCUUUGAAGCGUCUUGUGUGCCGACCUUCCUUUGGUCUGGAACCUUACCGUGUAUGCGUGCCUCCAAUGACGAGAUAUCCGGGGAGUGUAUAUUUUGAUGGGCGAGCUCGUUCCAAAGGGCAGAUCUACACUUUCAGCGGAUGACGUGUUCCUUUGGAGUUAUAUUUACGAGGCCUCCCGCCCUGCCGGUUGGCUUGGUCGUACCAGGCGCAACUGGAUACCAUUGUCUUUCACUUCAAUAGCAGCCACAAAAGACUGUCACAGACAUUGUUUCUCCAGCUUGCCCAAGCCCAGGCAAGGGCUUGUGUGCCCACCUUGUGGGCGUUCAGUUAUAGAAGACUGGGAAACUUUAAUUGUCAGUUGCUGUUAAGAAAGGUGUGCUCGUCUCGUCGCAUGUUUCGCACUCGUUCACCGACAAUUUGAGUUUGUGAAAUUGUUUCCUGACAUCGAUGCUCUUAGUCCUGGUUUUGCAGAGGAAUGUAAUGAAAUGGUGGACUUUAUAUAUAUAUAGUCAAAAGCCGUAAAUGAGAUUGUGUUGUUCAGAAAAAUAUUCUAGAACACUUUCUGGUUGUUGAUGCAUCAUGGACGAUUUGCAUCCUUAAUAUGGUGAUAGACUCCUUCGUAAAAUUCUUGAAAUCAAAUGCAGCACAUACACUCUUGGACAUUGUGAGCUAAAAUCACCAAGCAGUGAGUGUGCCUGGAGAGCAGACAAAAGACAUAAAUGUCAAAAAAGCUAUAGAACAGUGCCCAAAGAACUUGUGGCUAAACGCCUUCGUUGCGGCUACUUCAGCUUAUGUUAUGCAUGCAGGACCUCCAUAUUGGCACUCUGCAACUUCAGCUUACAUCGUCCAAGGCUGUACCUUC